CCACCUCAAGAAAGCAUUUUAUCCCUCACUCUGCUCUUGCUCUCUCUCACACUUAAAUUAAUUUUCUCUCUCUUUUUCUGCCUGAGAUGUCGUCUCUUCUGAGGGAGGAGAUGGACAGAGUAUUGUUCAGACCGGAGGGACAGAAGCUGGAGGAGUUUAUAGAAAUAGAGGAGCUACAGCAGGGACGACAUUUUCUCUGCGUUUCUAUAUCUAAGGAUAAAGAACCUCAAAUCUCAGUGGUCCUGUGUCGGAGAGUUAAACAUUCACGGACCAAUAAGCUGCAGAAAUCUGGGCUGGAGGACAGUUAUGAAAAAACAGAGAUCUGGGCCCUGGAAGAUCUGCUGAUUCUGGAUGGUAGAGAUCCAGAUACCGAUGAUCCCUGUUUCUUGAUGCAUUUCGACACGGUGCGGUCGGUCAGAGCAGUGAGCUGUGCUGCAAAAUACACGCUGGCCCGCUGUCUGCUGUCCCUGAGCAGGAAGUAUCACCACACGGCACUAAAACUAAAGAACUUUGACUGGACAUACAUUCAGCCCACUGCAAUGUAUUCAGAUCGUGGUGACUGUGUUGUCCUCGCGCAGAUCUGUUUCUAUGCCUUUAAUCUGGUGUGUCUUUCCUUGUGUCCUGUGCCUCUGGCAUAGAGACAUUUUGAUUAAUCUUCUUAAUGAGAUUUCUUUAAACUGACCCUAAAAACCUAAACCCUUGAUGCUGACAAUAAAAAGUUCAUUUCAGUGUUAUCUGUACCACCCUUAGGGAUUGUACAAAGACCACGCUCUGUGUUUUGAGCACUUAAGCCAUGCUUUGAGCACUCAGGCAGACCUACAGUAACUGUAACAUAACGCCACACUGGGAGUGAAAUCCAAUUUGUGCUUGUGCAAAUGCAACACAAAAGAGUGUUUCUGAUGAGUAAUGCUGUGGCUUUAUAAGUGUAAUAAAUGCUAUGUGACAGGUUUGCAUGUUUAAGCUGAUUCAUUAAGCAAGCUCUCUAUUUAAUUAUUUCAAAAAGUGAAACUGUGAGACAUUGUUGUU